UCCAGAGGCGCGUCAUCGUGUUACUGUGGCCACGUGCCCCCCUCCCUUCCCCACCCACCCUCCCGCAGCAUGAGUGAGUCCCCCUACAGCGAGGCACACUACACGCCCACGCUGGCCGCCCACCACCGCCCUGCUACCUCUCCCACGCUCCCCACGGCCCGCCCUGCAACGCCCACCUCUACUCCUCCACCACGCCUCUUCCGCCACACCCUGACGGCCUGUCCAGGCCAACCCUCUCCUCCCCCGCCACGCCGCACCACCACCUCUGCCGCACCUCUGCAGUCUACGAGUCAGCCUCCUUGCAAUACGCGGCGGCUGGCUACUUCCUCCCCACCUCCCUCGCCUCCUCCUGCACCUCCAACACCUCCGACGCCGCCUCAUGCGUGUCAGCGGUAUCUGGCGUGAGCAACAUGGAGCGGGAGUGCAGAGUUCCCUGCCUUCCCUCACCUACGAGGCGAUCAGGGCACUGGGCGAGGAUAUCCAGGCCUUCAGGCAGCGACACCAGAUGGCGGACGAAGAGAGCCACACGACGGGCAGUGGAGGAGGAGGAGGCGGAGGCGGAGGAGGAGGAAGCGGGAAUGGAGGACAGGGAGGAAAGGGAGCAGGAACAGCAGGAGGAGGAGGAGGAGGAGGAGGGUCCACUACCACAACAACAACGGGAGGAAAUGGAGGAGGAGCAGGAGGAGGAGGUAAUGGAGGAGGAGGAGCAGGAGGAGGAUCAGCGGGGGAAGCGAAGGGAGCAUCAGAAUCCUCCUCUAAAUCGGCGAAUUUCGAGGUGCCCCGCCCCCCCCUGUCCCCGCCUUCGCCUCUCCCGUCAACAGCCCCGCCACACAAGGCUCCCCAGGCCGGCACGCUAGCACCUGGGGGAUCACUGCCGCCCUUGGAGAUCGCCGUGGCACCCCUGGAGGAAGCGGAGAGCGACUGCUUGGAGGAGGAGGACGAGGAAGAAGGCGGUGAUGGUGAUGCGUGUUCCGUGUGUUCAUGCUGCGAGGCUGAGUCAUCUGUGUACGCCGAGACGGACUUCGCAGAGGAGGUGCGGGCAAGUCUGGAGGAACCUGGAGGGCAGGUAGCGGGGCCCGGGGGACGCAAGCACAGACACAAGAGGCGCCCUCGAUCCACCUACAGCACGGACAGCCACUACCUCCACCUUCCAGACCACCACUGCCAAGACGUCCCUCCUUACCAACGCCCCUCCUACCCUAACGCCCCGCACACGCCUCCCUCCAGGCCGCCCCACGCUGCGCAAGAAGCCCCGGUGCCCCGCUGAGGCCACGACGGGGCGGCAGGAUCCAAGGUGGGUGGCGGGCAGCCACGUCGAGCUACGGCAGGACGUUGAGGAGCUGAUCUGAGGGAGCUGACUGUGCUGAUGCUACUACUGCGACUACUACUAUUACUACAACUAUCAUGCUACAACUGCUACUAUAUUGCUACAGCUUAUGCCACUACUACUUCACUACUACGAUAAUACUCCGCAGCACGUCACCUAUCCCCACAGUCUUCUUACACCCAAACCGCCCCCACUAAGAGUCCUGAAACGGCCCCGUCAAGAGCCUUAAUCUCAGUGAAAAAUGUGAAUGAACCUUGAACCCAGACGAAAUACGACCCGCACAGGUGAUGACGCUAACGAGUCAAGUGUAGGCGAGAACCAGAAGUCUUCGCGGAAAGGAGAGUAAGGAAACCAAACAUAUCAAGACGACUGACCACAUACGUACGUACAUACCAUUCGCCUUCCACACCCAACCCAAGCAUAUCAUACCAGUGAGAAGGGAAGGGAGUGACGGAGCUCCUGAAUACUGAUUAAAUUUUGUUUGAGAAAAGUGUAGGAAAGAGAUAUUAAAAUGUGUAAGGUUUAGAAAAUAGGGAGAAAAAUAAGGUACGGUUACACUACACGCCAAAAUAAUCUUCCUAUACUUGGUACGCUAAGGUUCUUUUUGAGGGAAAUACUGCAGAUGCCGACACGACAGAAAAUGAUGAUGUUAAAGGAGUGACUGAGUGAAAGUGUGUUGCCUUAACGUGACAUUAAAGGGAGGGAAGAAAGAUGUAAUAUUUUAGCCGAGUCACAGGUACAGUACAAUGUGGAAAAUAAUAACAAAUGAACAAGGGAAAAAUAAUAAACCCAACGAUAUUCUUAGCCAAACAUGAAAAGAUGCAAUGCUGAACAUCAAUGAACAAAGAAUCUGUCUGCCAUUGAAGAUACAAAAAAGUAGUACUUCACGAACUCACGAAAUUGAUAAAAAGGUGGAGAGGAGAGAGGACAGCCGCCUUUCUUAUGCAUAUCACCUAAUCAAAAGUAGAGUUAGUCACAGUCUCCCCCGCCCCCAACCACCCACUUCGUCUUGGUCUUCGUCCCCCCUGUGUGCGUGCGUGCGGGAAUGCGAUCAAGGCACACACGCAUCCCCAUCGCAAAAAAAAUUAAAUGAAAAAAAAAUGGUUUCCCCCUAAAAAGUACAAAUAGGUACAGCGUCUUUUUUUUUUUUUUUCUUUGUUUAUCUAUACGCUUACGAGGAAUACGGAAACCAGACAAAUGUAAAUGAAGUAUCGAAAAACCGGAGCACAAGAAAAUAUUCUUUAAGUAACAAGGGAAGGUCUAUGUGCAUUAUAUCGUUCUUUCAUAACACUAAACAAACCAUCGCCAACAGUUUGCUCCGCCUGCUGCCAGCCUCCCGCCGCACGGCCGCCCCAUCCCAACCCGCCCCUACAA